UAAAAUAAUUGGGUUAAUUUUUCAAGACCUGGAGUUUUUUAACCUGGAAAUUUUUGUCCAUAAAAAAAAAUAAAUAAUUAAUUAUUUGAAAAUGACAGAUUAUCCUGAUAUCAAUAUACGACUAGCAGUACAUCGUACUGAUACAAAUUUAAUAUCAAGAGAUAAUAUUCAACCACGUAUUUAUACUCCUGGAGAAGGUGUAUUGACUCAAACGGAUUAUUUGAGAGGUCACGGAACAUAUGUCGAUGAAGAUGAAUGUCUAAGAGCAUCAGUAGCAGGAGUACUAGAAAAAGUAAACAAAUUGAUAACAAUACGUCCUCUGAAAGCUAGAUAUCAAGGAGAGAUCGGUGACGUUAUCGUUGGUAGAAUAACUGAAGUACAGCAGAGUCGUUGGAAAGUUGAUACUAAUUCAAAACUCGACUCCGUUCUACUUUUAUCAAGUGUCAAUUUACCCGGCGGAGAAUUGAGACGAAGAUCAGCAGAAGAUGAACAAACUAUGCGCCGCUAUUUACAAGAAGGCGAUCUAAUUUGCGCUGAAGUCCAGAGUACUUACGCCGAUGGUUCUCUGUCUCUUCAUACCCGGGUCCUCAAGUACGGAAAGUUAUCACAAGGGGUGAUGGUAAAAGUUCCCCCGGCUCUAAUUAAACGUAAAAAAACUCAUUUCCAUCAUUUAGCAAAUGGCGCGACUUUGAUUCUCGGUAACAACGGCUACGUUUGGAUCGGAGCCAGCACCCAAAACGCCGAUCGAUCUGAAGGUGGAUUCACCCAAGACUUGUCUCGGGUAACUCACGAAGACCGGGACAUUUGCGCCAGAUUGCGAAACUGCGUCUUGAUUCUCUCGACAUGCAACAUUCUGCUAACAGAUACCUCAGUAACUUAUGCCUACGAGGAGUCAAGUAAAUAUAAAGCUAACGAACUACUUCAUGAUAGUCUGGUAAACCUCGACAUGGACGCCUGUUUCUCAGCUUUCGAUAGGGACGCCGAUGGGUUCCUAUCGAUCGAAGAGUUUGAAUUAAUAUGCCGGGCACUUUUUCGUAAUGAUCGGGGUAAAAUUUACGGAGUAGAAGACCACCAGUUGCGUGAGAUAUUUGAUAUUUUUGAUACUAAAAACGACGGCGUUAUUGAUCCCGAGGAAUUUGAGGUCUGCUGGAAUAGGUGGAUUAAAAUAUGUACGAGACCAAGGAGCGCCUUUUUGAUUGUUGAUGUGCAGAAUGAUUUUAUAACAGGGUCAUUAAAUAUAAAACAUUGCGCGGCACAACACGAUGGCUCGGAAGUUAUCGAACCGAUAAAUCGUCUUCUGGAUACUGUCCCUUUUGAUUCGGUUUUUUAUUCAUUAGAUUGGCAUCCUGUUGAUCAUGUAUCGUUUAUUGAUAAUUUACAUCUGAGAGAAGUUGAUGAGUCAAGUCCGAUACCAAAAGAAAAUGCUAAAGUAUACGACACAGUAACAUUUAAAGGUCCUCUGGGUUUGAAACAGCGCUUGUGGCCGCGUCACUGCGUCCAGGAUUCCUGGGGCGCGGAACUUCACAAAGAUCUGAAAGUAGUUGACAAAGCGAUUAAAAUAUACAAGGGAACAAACCCGGAAGUUGAUUCGUACUCUGUAUUUUGGGAUAACAAGAAAUUAACAGAAACUACUUUGUCGAGUCAGCUGCAGGACAAGGGAGCCACGGACAUUUACAUCUGCGGGCUGGCGUAUGACGUCUGUGUAGGAGCGACAGCCGUCGACGCGCUCACCAGCGGCUACCGCACGAUCCUCAUUGAUGAUUGCAGCCGCGGAGUUGAUCUUGUGGACAUCGAGAAGACCAAGGCGAUGGUGAUCGCCAGCAACGGAGUUAUCGUAAACUCCAGCCAAGUAAAGGCCAUGGUCGAGGGCCGCGACCGCAGGCCUGAGCUCGGGUAUAAGUUAGCUCUGGAAAUAAAACAUUCGCUUAAAGAGACGAAGGAUAAUAAAAACAAAUAAUUGUUUAUCUCGUAUUAGCUAAAGUUGUUUAGUAAUGCGGAGUACUUAAUGCUUUAUUUAUUUAUUUAAAUUAUAAAAAAAAAUUAAGAAAUUGAGAUGCUGAA